AUGUUGGGUUUCUGUUUGGCAGUUGCUGCCGCCACGGAUGCGGCGAAAACGAAGAUCACAUUCUUGUCCGCAGAGUACAAAUAUGAUGGGAAUUAUGCGGAAUACUUUGGCCUGGCUCCUGGCCACACGCAACUGCUUGUUGGCAAUCUAACGAAACCGUUGCAAAACCUUUUCCUAGACAUUCGAACGGCCAACGAGGAGACGCAGAAGGUCAUUUAUAAGUUUGAGAACUUUCCCUUGUGCCGGUUCCUCGACAAUCAUCUGAUCGCUCAGUUAUACGCCCGCUGGUAUGAUGCAAUCGUGGGAAACACCACGCCAAUCAAGUGUCCCGUUCGGCCGGGCAUUUAUCACUUUCAAAAUAGAUUAACCCCAAGCCUGCUGCCAAAUUUUCAUCCAGCUGGAAGCUAUCGCAUAGCAAUACAAGUGAAAUCCACAAAUGGCCAAGGACCCUUUAUUGUGGCGCUUGCCUGGCAUUAUCGUGUCAUAAAGAAGUAA